UCAGGUGCCCAUCAGCCUGUACGUGGGUCUUCUAGCUAGUGCCUGACCGCCUGCCAUGGUAGCCACCGCUCUCUGCUCACUGCCCUGUCUCAUCCUGGCCGUCGCUGUCCUGCUCGCUGCCCCUGAUAACAAUGGUGCAGCGGCGUUGGACGCCCAGGCCGCGUACCUGUCUCGGUUGAAGCAGGAUUUCGCAGGGCCGGCCAUGGCGCGCUGGGACUUCUCCCCAGCGCCGGUGGUGGACUACUGCAGGUUCCAGGGCGUGGUCUGCGACGGCGCAGGCGGCGGCAACGUAACGGGCAUCGACCUCACCUCGUGGCGCCUCACCGGCAGGAUCCCUCCCGGCAUCUGCGCGGCGCUGCCGGCGCUCCGGGAGCUCCAGCUCGGCUUCAACGACAUCCGCGGCGGGUUUCCCGCGAGCCUCCUCAACUGCUCGUCCCUCGAGACGCUCAACCUCAGCUACUCCGGCGUGUCGGGCGCCGUGCCGGACCUGUCCCCGAUGCGCGCGCUCCGGGAGCUCGACAUGUCGAACAACCUCUUCACUGGCGCGUUCCCGGUGGCGUCGCUCGUUAACAUGACCUCCCUCGAGGUCGUCAACUUCAACGAGAACCCCGGCUUCGACGUGUGGCGGCCGCCGGAGUCGCUCACGCGGCUGCGGCGCCUCCGCGUGCUGAUCCUGUCCACGACCUCCAUGCGCGGCGGCGUGCCAGCGUGGCUCGGCAACAUGACGACGCUCACCGAUCUUGAGCUCAGCGGCAACUUCCUCACCGGCCGCAUCCCGCCGUCGCUCGGCCGCCUCGCCAACCUCGAGUUCCUAGAGCUCUAUUACAACGAGCUCUCAGGCACCAUCCCGAACGAGCUCGGCAACCUCACGCGACUCGCCGACGUCGACUUGUCGGAGAACCGGCUCUCGGGUGCCAUCCCGGACUCGCUCUGCGCGCUGCCCAGGCUCCGCGUGCUGCAGGUGUACACGAACUUCCUCUCGGGGCCCAUCCCGGCGGUGCUGGGAAACUCCACGCAGCUCGAGAUCCUGUCUGUGUACAAGAACCAGCUCACCGGCGAGCUCCCCGCAAACCUUGGCCGCUACUCCGAUUUCAACGUGCUCGAGGUCUCCGAGAACCUGCUUACGGGCCCGCUGCCACCGCACGCCUGCGCCAACGGAAACCUCCAGUACAUCCUCGUCCUCAGCAACCUCCUCACCGGUCCCAUCCCGGCAGCCUAUGGCGAGUGCUCGCCGCUGCUCCGGUUCCGCGUCAGCAACAACCACCUCGAAGGCGACGUGCCGCCGGGGAUCUUCGCACUGCCGCACGCCUCCAUCGUGGACCUCUCCUACAACCACUUCACAGGCGCCUUGUCCCCGUCCAUCGCCGGCGCCAAGAACCUCACCUCGCUCUUCGCCUCUGACAACCGGCUCUCGGGCGUUCUACCUCCUGAGAUCGCGGACGCGGGAAGCCUCGUCAAGAUCGACCUGAGCAACAACCUCAUCGCCGGCCCGAUCCCGGCGGAGCUAGGGAAGAUGGUUAGACUGAACCUGCUGUCGCUGCAGGUGAACCGCUUCAACGGCACCAUCCCGGAGACUCUCGCCGAGCUCCGGAGUCUCAACGUGCUCAAUCUGUCGGAGAACGCGCUGUCGGGGCAGAUCCCGGAGGCUCUGUGCGCGCUGCUGCCCAACUCGCUGGACUUCGCCGGCAACAACUUGUCCGGGCCGGUGCCACCGGCGAUCAUCAAGGAUGGGCUCCUGGAGAGCGUCGCCCGCAACCCGGGGCUGUGCGUGGCGUUCCGGCUCAACCCCAGGGACACGACGAUGCCGAUGUGCCACAAGGACGCGGACAAGCGAGGGCUCGCCGGGAGCGCGUGGAUCAUCGGGGCGUGUGCGGUGGUGUGCGUGGUGGCAAUGCUGGCGCUGGCGCGGCGAUGGCUGAUGCGGCGGUGGGCGGCCCAGGACGGGGAUCAGGACGGGACGUCGUCGUCGUCGCCGGGGUCGAGGAGGGGCCACGGCGGGUCGUCGUACGACGUGACGAGCUUCCACAAGCUCACCUUCGACCAGCACGAGAUCUUGGAGGCCCUGAUCGAGAAGAACAUCGUGGGGCACGGCGGCUCCGGCACGGUGUACAAGAUCGAGCUGAGCAGCGGCGAGCUGGUGGCGGGCCUGGCCUACCUCCACCACGACCUCCUGUUCGCCAUCGUCCACCGCGACGUCAAGUCCUCCAACAUCCUCCUGGACGCCGACUUCGAGCCCAAGGUGGCCGACUUCGGCAUCGCCAAGGUGAUCCAGGCCACCGCCUCAUCCCGCGGCGACACCACGGCGUCCACCACCACCAUCGCCGGCACCUACGGGUACCUGGCGCCGGAGUACGCAUACUCCUCCAAGGCCACCACCAAGUGCGACGUGUACAGCUUCGGGGUGGUGCUCAUGGAGCUGGCCACGGGGAGGAAGCCCAUCGAGCCGGAGUUCGGGGAGACGAGGGACAUCGUGCAGUGGGUGACCGCCAAGGUGGCCGCGGCGGCCGAGGCGGAGGCGCUCGACAAGGGGCUCGCGUGGAGCCCGUUCAAGGAGGAGAUGGUGCAGGCGCUGCGCGUCGCCGUCCGGUGCACCUGCAGCAUCCCCGGGCUACGACCCACCAUGGCCGACGUCGUGCAGAUGCUCGCCGAGUCCGGACCCGCCGGCCGGACUGGCAAGACCGACGUGAAAGGCUACUCCGGUCAGCAACCCAAACCUGUUGCCGUGUAAUUGAUCAAGUAGCGUACGUUCGUACUGGUGCAAGCAAUCAAUUAACCAGGUACUACUAGUUAAAUUAUUAAGAGUGACUUAAGAAGAUGAUAAGUUCAUCUGGAGAGAUUCACUCAAGUAAUUAGGUUAAAAAUACUACCGCUGCUACUAUUAUCCUAGUAGUACUAACUAAUAAUUAAGAUCAAGAAGAUGAUUAAAAACAUCUAUAGAGAUCGUUCCUGGUUGAAAAUUAAGGUUGUUCGAUGUUGCACUAGGAGAGUGAGUGAGUGAGUGAUAGCUAGCUGGAAUGCUGGAUAGAAUACUACUAGCUGCAUUGCUAGAUGGCUUUUAUUGGGCCAUUUUCCACCCAUAUAUACACUGUACUAGACUGCUUGGUGUUUAAGCAGAAUCUGAUGCCUCAGUUAGUGGAUGGA